AUGACUGCGAAGAGUGUCAAUCUCACCGGGUGAGUGCUCCCGGCCCUUCCCACAAUCGCCUCCUCUUCUUCCAGACGAGAGCACCUUCCACCCGCGCUGAGACAGAUCACGGAUUCGAACUAUAAAUUUUCGACUCACAAGCAUGUUAUUGAGUCGUCGGAAGGUAACUCUUUCUCGUAACAUCCCUAACUCUCCAUAUUUUCCAGAUGGAAUCAUGCACACUUACACCGUGCACCUCUCGAGCAAACCAUUGGACGGCAUUACUCUUGAGGCCCUCAUCGAGAAGGCUCAAACGGAGAGAAAGAGCAUUUCGUCUGAUAUUCCCAUCAAGACUCCGAAGAAGUCGGCUGUGACUCCGCUCAGAGGAUCCACUCCUUCCCACCUCGUCAGCCAGAUCAGCAGCACCACUACCAGCGAGAAGAGAGCCGCGUUCAGCGAGAAGUCGCCGAUUGUGAACAAGAGAUCGACCGAACCUUCGAGCAUUUCCACCGGAAAAACAGAGAUCCCCAGCCAUUACAUGACUCUUCCGACGAUCACUUCUUCUGUCACUUCUUCGAUCGACACUCAGCCGAAGCGUUACGGGGAGAUUCUGAAGGCGAAAGUCAGGCCGAAGGACGAGAGCGUUCUGUCGAGGAGCUCUCUCCUCUGUUCGCUCAACGAACCGUCGUCGGACUCUACCUCUUUUCUCAAUUCGACUUCGAAGAGCUCUAGCUCCACGAACUCGUCCGAUGCGAUGAAAUUGACUCUCCCGAAGUACACCUACUCGUCGAACAGCGUCAAGAGUAACCGCUCGGCCAAGUUCCUCAUGAUGGUGCAUGUCAAGUUCUUGCUGCUCCAUCGUGACGUUUUCCACAGACGGUACGAAAGGUUGUAAUGAAAUGAUCCGUAAAGCGCUUGUUUCAGUGUGCAGUCGACGUUCACGGAUGAGUUCUCAUCGGACUGUCCUCUUGAAGACGUGAUCUACAACUUCCAUCAGCUGUGCACUCGCCAGUACGUUUCCCAUUCUUGUUUUCAUUUGUCUUCUGUAGUUUCAGUCUCCGUGAUCACGACUUCAACCCGCGUCUCUCGUACUGCGUCGGCGACCUGAAUCAUGCCAACUCGAAGCCGGUUCUCGUGGAGGACAUGCACAAGACACUCGCUCAGCUCGCCAACUCCAAUUCCGUUCUCAAGUUUGCUCUGAUCGUCGACAACAUCUGA